AAGCCAUCACUGCCGGACAUCGUCAUCUGCAGCGCGCCCGCCAGGCUCUGUCUGUGUCUUUCUUCCGCCAGUAUAAUAUCCACCUAAAUCUUUGCCAAAAUGUCUCCUCCUACGUAUGGUGAUCUUGGAAAGAAUGCCCGCGAUGUCUUCAGCAAGGGAUACCACUUUGGUCUCUUGAAACUCGACGUCAAGACCAAGACAGACUCUGGAGUUGAAUUUGCAUCCGGUGGUGUGUCCAACCAAGACACGGGCAAGGUCUUUGGUACUCUUGAGAGCAAGUACAAAAUCAAAGAGUAUGGCCUUACUUUUGUUGAAAAAUGGAAUACAGACAAUACCCUUGGAGCUGACAUUACUCUUGCUGAUAAGCCCAUCCAAGGUCUCACUAUUGGUUACAGUUCCACUUUCUCUCCCCAGACUGGAAACAAAACUGGAAAACUCAAAACUACAUACAAACACGAUAUUAUUGCUGCUACUGCAGAUUUUGAUCUCAGCCUCUCGGCUGGUCCCCUAAUCAAUGCCACAGCUGUUGUUGGAUACCAGGGCUGGCUCGCUGGUUAUCAAGCUGGCUUUGAUACUCAGACCAGCAAAGUUACAAAGAAUAAUUUUUCACUUGGAUUCAAUGCUUCUGAUUUCCACCUCCACACAUCUGUCGACAAUGGUCGUGAAUUUGGAGGAUCAAUCCACCACAAGAUCAAGUCAGAUCUAGAGGGUGCCAUCAAUCUUGCUUGGAACUCCAGCAACAAUGUCACGCAAUUCGGACUUGGUACUAAAUACGAUCUUGACAACGAUGUUAGCGUAAGGGCCAAGAUCAACUCUCAACUUCAAAUUGGUUUGGGAUACCAACAGAAGUUGCACAAAGGAGUAACUCUGACUCUUUCUGCCAAUGUUGACGGCAAGAACUUUGGAUCUGGUGGUCACAAGGUCGGUUUUGCUCUGGAUUUGGAGGCUUAAACGUUACGAUCAAACUGAAUCCUGUCCCUUGAAAGAAAACAACUUCUUCAUUUCACUUGCGUCAUAAUGGUCAUGUCACGGUUACAUGCUUCAGACUGGUCAAUGCCUGUAAUGUAAUUUAGAUUGACGAACCUUCAAUAGGGCUGUCAGAAUUAACUCAUAUUGUUGUUUGUGAGACAACUUUGUCAUUUGUUUAAAAGUCUGCAGGAAUAAGAUUGUAUGAAAAUAACUUUGAAACAAAGUUAGGUAAAUAAGUUAUAUCGAAUUAGGAUUUAAAGAAAAAAAUGUCUGUAAUGCGUGGCUGUAAAAAUGUCAAGAUUGUUGAACUUUGAAACAUCAAAUUUAUCUACCUUCAACAUAAGUUUAGUAUCAACACUGUUGGAACUAGUAAAGAAACGGUAUGGGCUAUCUAUAGAGAACAAAAAAGAAAGUUGAACAGGAAAAUUCAAUUUUUAAGUACGUCUUAAUUUACACAUUUUUUGAUUUUUUAUGUAAGUUUCUUAUGUAGGUCUUUAAUUUUUAUAGUUACUUCUGUAAAAUAUCGAUUGCACUUUAUGCUAUACAAUACAUUUAGUUUUCCAAAAAUUCUGUCAAUAAAGGAAAUCACAAAUAUUAAAA